CACCACUACCACAACCACCACUUAUUACGAGAAACGAGCUCCUGGGCAACAUUUGAUUGCGACAAAGAAUCAAGUUCACUGUCGUACGGUGGCUAGAAAUGCAGUUGGGAGGAAACUCUCACGACCCUUGUACGGAACAGGAAUACAGCUCGGCACAAAGCGGGGUUUUUUUUCGCUUAGUCCGGUUAGAGGUCGGGGCGAGGUACAGGGGACUAAUGCAGUUGGGCUGGUAAUAUCGGCUCCUGCUUAGUGACCAAGCUACACCAUGGGACCUCAAACUAGAUCGGCUGACGAAGACAAAAAAGUCUCUCAGAUACACUCGAUCUGUCGUGAGAUUCGCUCCAUUUACGACGCUGGUACUCCAUUCUACACAAAAGAUGCCAUCCGUAAAGUCGGAGAAGAACUUCGGCGUUUUCAGAAGGGAGAGCGGCCUGAUGGUGGAAACAUCAUUCUGAAAGGGGUCAAUGGGGUCGAUUACGAAGUCUUCGUCAACCCCCUUACCCGCGAUCCACUGGGAGAGAAUGAGCAUCUCGGGGCUGCGAAGUGGAUGAUCCGUUACCACUCGGUCAACUGUCUCACUACUUACCCAUACAAACACGCGGACUUCUUCGAUUUCCCGUCGGCGUACCUCCCGAUGCGGAUUUUCCCCCCCAUCAUGUGGCUUCGAGAUGAUCACCCCGUAUACAGGAUACCGCCUACGCCACCCGCAGAAGACUUCAGCGCGUACCAGGCCAUCGAGCGACAAUGGAGGACGACCCAACAUUACGAGCGGCUCCAGGAAAUACUUGCUACCGUCGAAAUCCCCUUUGCCCUAACAAAGCUUGUUGCCCUUGCGCUGGGUCCUUUUACUAUCAAAUCGCGCCUACUCGAUCGCCCCGUCCUUCAACACGCGCUAGUCUCCGCGAUUCAUUCAACUCUGGUUCAGCGUGGUAUUCUCUCGUUAUCGUCCGAGCGGUACGUGCAAGACCCAGCGUACACGCAGCGAGAUAGGGAUAUCCUUGACUCCCUCGGAUUGACCGUUCUAUACGACCCGCAAGCGUUUUUGGAGUUAGACGAGUCCAGUGUACUCGUGUGUAUCAGCCCAAACCCUCCAGUAAAUGAGAUCGUGGCAGACAUAUGCCGCCCGGGUAUUAUCAUAUGGGAUAGAGAAAGCCAGAUUUUACCUUACAGUCCGAGAGUAAAAAGUAUGGUCGGGAACGAAUAUUACGAGAUCGAGAUUCCCACUCACGAGGGCUUUGGUAAUCUCGUCAUGCUAGUCAGAAAAUCUACCUAAUUGUGCCGACAGUCGUAGCUUGGUUAGGCAGAUACCUAGGUAGAUACGAAAUGAGUAGGCCGGGCAGGACAGAGACUGAAGAGAGAGACCGAUCUUGUAAGGAAGCAAGUUUUUAUGAAACACGAUCGCGUUAAAUAAGCAAGCCAGUAAAGACA